GCCCUUAGCAACCGUCCUGGCGACGGUCUCCAGCCGCUGCCGCGCUCAGCCGCCACCUGCUUGACAAUCUUCUGCUGCAGGGCCUGCCCCAGGCCGGGGAAGGACCGAAGGGAACCCAGCGUGUCCCCAGGGCGGCUGCAAGAGGAUCUAAGCAUGAAUGGCAGCCGAAGAGUCAGAGCACCCUCUGUCCUCCCCAGAUCUGGUCCAUCGUGCUUAUUUAAAGGACACUUGAGCACCAAAAGUAAUGCUUUUUGCACUGACUCCUCCUCUCUCAGACUAAGUACUCUCCACAUGGUCAAGAAUCACAUGGCUGUUCACUAUAGUAAAAUCCUUUCAGCCAAAGCUGUGGUAGACUGCUCCGUUCCACUCAGCAUGACUGCCAGCAUCAAAUAUUUGUUUUUCCCAUCAGAUGCAGACCAACAACGAAGAGAGAAACUCAAAAAAGAAUUAGCACAAUGUGAAAGGGAGUUGAAAUUAACUAAAACUUGGGUGCAGACCAAUUCUAAAAAUAAUUCCAAGUCAUUAUUUAAUACUCUACAAAAGCCUGCAGAAGAACCGCAAAAUGAAGAUGAUACGUUAACUGUAGAAGUGGAUGGAUAUUCGUCCUUUACAAAGUCGGCAGUGACCUCUUCAGAGAGACUGCACCUAAGAGCACCGGAAUCCAGCAGAGUCCUCACAGAUGGCGCUGAGAAGAACUCCGGUUCCUCCCCGUCGAGCGCAGACUACACCGCCUGUGCGGCCAGGAAAACGUGCUCUGGAACCUCGUCUGGCGGGGGGUCCAGGGGCACAUUCCCAAAUGCCAACCAGCUUCCGUUAGGUUUUGCAAAGGCACCCAGUGGGGACCUCUUGGAUAAACAUUCUAAACUCUUUUCUAACAGACAUUUGCCAUUCACUCCACGCACUUUGAAAACAGAAGCAAAGUCUUUCCUGUCACAGUAUCGAUAUUAUACCCCUGCCAAAAGAAAAAAGGGUUUUGCAGACCAGCAGAUAGAAGCAGAAACCCAGACUGAAUUAAGCAGCUUUAAAUCUGAUUUUGAGACAGCUGAGACUAAGGACUUCACAGAUUCAGAAGCGAACAUAAAGCAGGCAUCUAAUUAUAUGACAUAUGGAACCAAAGAAAACAUAACUCCUUUGUCUUUACAAGGGAAUGAGGUCGAAGAGAGCGCUCUUCAGUGCUCGGCGCCCAGGGCAGCAUAUCAAUGUUCUGUGCAGCGUCCUUCAAGGAGGAAAAUCUACUCUGAUGAGGAAGAACUGUUGUAUCUGAGUUUCAUUGAAGGUGUAACAGAUGAAAUUUUGAAUCUUGGUUUAUUUUCAAACAGGUCUUUAGAACGACUGUUUGAGCGACAUAUAAGACAAAAUAAACACCAUUUGGAGGAGGAAAAAAUGCGCCACCUGCUGCAUAUUCUAAAAGUGAAUUUAGGCUUCACAUCCAAGGAAAACUCACUAAACCUAGAUGACAUUGAUAUGUUGCAUUUGCCUGAUUUUGAAAAGGCUGAACAUCCCGUACAAAAUAAACAAGAUGCAUCAAUUCAACAGGAGCGUCAAGAAUACCGAAAAGCUUUGGAUAUGCUACUGUCUUCACCAAAGGAUGAGAAUGAGAUGUUCUCAUCACAUGAUUUUUUCCUACCCAUCUAUAAAUCAAAGUAUUCAGAAGGGGUUAUAAUUCAACAGGUGAAUGAUGAAACAAAUCCUGGACCUUCAAUUUGGGAUGAAAAAAAUCCAAGUACUUCAGACAGCUUAACAGACCAAGAAACCUCGGUGACUGUCAUUGAGGGUGACAGUGACACUGAAAAGGCUGAGCCUUCAGAUGAGCUGUGCUGUCUUAGCACAGCGCUCUCCCUGCCUGAGCGGCCCCACAGCGUCCAAGGCGGCAGCGACCGCGACCUGGGAGAGCCAGCUCUCAGAAUCAUGGAAAUGAGCAUUGAGGACGGCUCUUUGGAUGUUUGA